GAAAAGUGCUGGUUAUAAUGAAUAUACUCUUUUUAUUGAAGUAUCUAGUCAGUGUUUAUAAAAGACUAAUCAUAUUUUCUGAUUUCGCAGCUUUUUCCACUUACAACCUUUGCUUAUAUCUCUUACUAUCUAAUAUGGCUCUUGUUGAAAGUUCAACAGAUCUCGACCUGCUUCUAAAGUUAGAUCACUCUCAAAAAAUAACUCCCAAAAGACUAAUAAACUCAUUCAAAAAAGCUGAAGAUGGCCAGCAGACAUUAUCGCCAUCACUAAGUUCAAUUCACUCUCAAAUGAUAGCCAUUGGUGGCUCAAUUGGCACUGGUUUGUUUAUUGGAACCUCUCAAAGUUUAAGUCUCGGUGGACCGGCUUCUCUUUUGAUUUCUUAUUUAUUUGUUGGGGUCAUGAUAUAUACCACAAUUCAAAGCUUGGGAGAAUUGGCUGUGAAUUUUCCUUUGCCAGGAACAUUUUCAAUAUUUUCGGCCAGAUUUAUUGAUCCAAGUUGGGGGUUCACAAUAGGUUGGAAUUAUUGUUUGCAAUGGUUGGUUUGUUUGCCUAUGGAGUUAAGUGCGAUAGUGAUGACUGUCAAUUAUUGGGAAUGGGGUCAAAAGAUUUCAAAUGCUAUAAUAAUAUCUGCAGUCUUUCUUCUUGUAGUUGUCAUUAAUCUUUUAAAUGUAAAAGUUUUUGGUGCUGUUGAGGUUUUUUCUUCGUGUAUUAAAAUUUUUGCAGUUUUGUCAUUUAUAUUAAUUGCAAUUGUGUUGGUAGGUAUUCAAAAUACUAAUCCAGAAGCUAUCAACUACUGGAAAACCCCAGGCCCAUUUAAUAAUAAUUUCAAAGGUCUAGCGACUGUUCUAAUUAAUGCAUGUUUCUCCUUUGCAGGAACUGAAAUGAUCGGUUUAACUGCAGCAGAAUCCAAAAAUGUUCAUUUACAGUUGCCAAAAUCAACCAGACAAAUCUUUUGGAGAAUUCUAGUUUUCUAUUUGAUAACGCUAACUUUGGUCGGUUUAUUGGUUCCUUAUAAUGAUAUUAAUUUAACUAAAAACAGUUCCCCAUUUGUAAUUGCCUUGGCCAAGACAAACUUGAAUUUUAUUCCUCAUAUGAUGAACAGUGUGAUUUUAGUUUCUUUAAUCAGUGUUGCAAAUGCAUCAAUUUAUUGCUCAAGCAGAACAUUUGUAUCAUUGUCAAAUCAGCAAUUAGCUCCCAAGUGUUUCGGCUAUAUUGAUAGAAAAGGAAGACCUAUUAUAAGCAUACUUAUAGCUUAUUCAUCUGGUGCUCUAGCAUAUAUUUCAUGUAUAUCUCAAAAAGGUGCCAAUGAACUAUUCAAAUGGUUGCUAGCCAUGAGCGCAUUAUCGUCGGUUUUCACUUGGUUAUCAAUUUCUCUCUGCCAUAUCAGAUUCAGAAAAGCCUUAAAAGUUCAAAACAGAUCAAUAGAAGAGCUAUCAUACAAGUCGCAGACAGGCAUCAUUGGUUCGUACAUCGGCUUGGUUUCAAAUUGCUUGAUAUUGGUUGUUCAAUUCUAUAUCGCGUUAUAUCCAAUUGGCCUAAACAGCACCAAACCUCAAAUCGUGCCCUUUCUCAAUAAUUAUCUAGCGGUUCUUGUGAAUUUGCUGUUUUUCAUUGGCCAUAAAUUGUACAGAUAUAUCAUCGACAGGAAACUCAACACAUUCGUCAAGCUAAGCGAAAUAGAUCUCGACACCGGAAAGGACCUCAGAAACGCCGGCGACGUUGAGGAGUUGAAGCUGAUGAUCAAAGAAGAGGAAGAAGUUCGCAGAAGCAGAAAAUGGUAUAAAAGAGCCUGGAAGAUUUGGUGUUAGCCCGUCACAUGACAGAAGAGCAUUUUUCAGUGGUCGCACUGAAUGAAGAGCGAUUCGUUUUGAAGUCGCCACUAUCGAGCCUUCAGCCAAACAUAUAUUGAUAUAGAUUCGGAUACAGAACUCAAUAGACAAAGUAGUUUGUUUUGAUUAAAGCUCCUGUUU